AUGCCUCCCCGGACCCCCAAGGUCGCCCUUGUGACUGGUUGCAACGGUAUCAGCGGCAAUGCAAUCGUCGAGCAUCUUAUCCGUCAGCCAAGGGAAGAGUGGUCCAAGAUUGUGGUGACUUCGCGAAGCCCGCUCAAGAACUACUGGCAAGAUCCCCGCGUCGAAUUUGUGGCGGUCGACUUUCUCGAACCCGUCCAGACCGUCAUCUCCACGCUCUCCCGAAGUUGUGAGAAAGUCACGCAUGCGUAUUACACCUCCUAUGUCCAUACGGACGACUUUACAAAGCUUCGCGACUAUAACGUGCCCCUCUUCGAGACGUUUCUCGUCGCUAUCGACACGAUAGCGGGGCAAAAUCUCGAGCGGAUAUGUCUCCAGACCGGAGGAAAGCAUUACGGUCCUCACCUAGGUCCUGUGUUCUGUCCAAUGACCGAGGAUCUGCCCCGCUACGAAGACCAUGGGCUGAACUUCUACUACGCGCAGGAGGAUUUCAUGUUUGACAUGCAGAAGCAGCGAAAAUGGUCGUACAGUAUUAUUCGACCUAACGGCAUCAUCGGUUUCACUCCUGGCAAGAAUGGCAUGUCCGAGGCCAUCACUCUCGCACUUUAUCUGCUCAUUUCUCGAGAAAUGGGUCAAACCCCCAAGUUCCCCGGCAAUAGGUACUUUUACAACGCUGUGGACGAUUGCUCUUAUGCGCCCGCCAUCGCCGAUUUGUCGGUAUGGGCCACCACCCAAGAGCACACUAAGAACGAGGCCUUCAACUCUGUAAAUGGCGACACCUACAUCUGGAGAUAUCUGUUCAGACGUAUUGGUAAAUACUUAGGCAUGGAGAUCCCGGACCAGACUGAAUGGGAAGAGAUGGGCGACAAGGAGACGAUGGCACACUCGUUCCGCAUGGAGGACUGGGCCGCUGACAAGAAGGAAAUAUGGAACAGAGUGUGCGACAAGUACGGUGGCAAUAAGGAGGCGUUCGACUGGGGAACCUGGUUCUUCUUCGACUGGUCGGUCGGCAAGGCCUGGCCGACUUUGUCGUCCAUGUCCAAGGCACGCAAGUUUGGCUAUACUGGAUACUGGGACUCGUACGAAUGCUGGAUCGAAACUCUGAGAGCAUUCGAAAACGCCGGGAUCUUGCCGCGCAACCACCGCCUGCACGAGGCGCAAUCCCUCACCACCACGAAUAGCCAGCGCAGCCACGGCAUUAAGCCCUCGGGUUGA